GGAUAAAGUGUUGGGGCAGCAGCUGUGUGUGUGUGUUUGAGUGGAGUUUCCAUCCAUUCAUUCAUUGGUUGCAGCCAGCUCCUUGCUCACUGAUUUUUUUUUUCUUCUCAUAAACAUUGGAGUAGUAAAUCAGAAAGGGGCAGGGUCAUUUUACUCAACAGGCAAUCAGUUUAUUUUCUCAAGAGUAACUAAAAGUUCAUUUAUGAUUUGGAGACAUCAUAAUAUUGCAAGCAUCACUGCAAAGAAGGGCUGUAAUCUGUACAUGUAGUUGAGAAAGCUUAUAUUCCGUGAUUUUGUUCAAUUGGAGCACCUGACUUUGACUGAGCGAGAUUGGGUGGUAUUGCGCAAGAAUCAGCUGAUCGCUAAUUGAAGCAGAGGAAUAACAUUUGUGCACGGCUUGUGUCUGUCAUUAGACAUUGGAAUACCAAACAGCGCCACCGGAGGGGUAGAAGCUGUAUUCGGUGUGAGGUAAUUACGAGCUGAAAGCGUAUUAGCCGACAGAGAAUCUUCGCUCCAUCAUUCCCCAUCUUCUCCACUCUAUCCUUCGGCAGGCAUCAGUGGUGGUAUCGGUCAUUAGGGGGAUGCUAAUAAGCCGGUGGGGUUCUGCAGUCUCUCACCAACCCCCCAAGUCUGACACGGUUUGUGGAGGAACCAACCCUCCGGAGGGAGAUCGGCUCGAUCUUGGAAAUCUACCGCCUCUCUCCCCCUUCUCGGCUCCCUCCGCUCUCGACAUCUGACAUUGCUAUUCUGACAUUUUACUCCGCUGACUUGACUUGGCUUUCAUCGCCCAAACAAUUGAAACCUUCUUUUCUCCCAGUUCUUCCCCAAACCACGAAAGCAGGACGCGGGCCAGGAAAGGGAAUAACCCCCUAGAUAAACAGAUCGAUGCCAUUUUCUCUCGUCACCGACACCCCCACCCCGUUUCCAAUACUCUCGUUUUUCUUGGAGAGUCAAUCUGCUCAAAUUGCCAGCUAUCUAGCCUAUAGUAUACCUCCGGGUUGUAUAUUUCAACAUUCUCGUGGAUUUCAACAUUCCAACUUCCCCCCUUCUUUUUUGGUACAUUUCCAACAUUCCAGCGGCAAGACCCCGCCUGACCCCUCUCUGCAAAUCACAUAGGAGUGUAUUUACAACCAAUAAUCCACUGGCUAGUUUCACACACAUUUUAUCCCAGGUUCCCAUCACUUCUGUCUCCCACUCUCCUCUUUCGGUUCUUCCCAGACCCCAUCCCACCUGUAAAGCUGACAACAGGGAGUUGAGGAUAGAUGCGUUGUCGCUUCUUCUGAAACGACUGAAUUUUUUGUGGGUAUCAACUUGCGAAGACUUAACCACUCUUUGAGGCCAAAGCUAACAUCUGUGAUACAAUACAACAAGUACCAGCGAGACAACUUCCCAAAGUUUGCCUUCGACUUGUCUUCUGGUUUGAAGUUUCCUUCCACCGAGCCACCUGUGUGUUGAGCUCAACGCCUGUUGAGGGUCCUCUCAUUCGUACACCAGUGGACAGUUAGGCAGUGCUAACGUUCUCAUACAUGUAGCUCAUAGAGAGAGGAUCCAUACGACUUCAGCUCUGACAUCCCAGCCUGGGAUUUUAUCAAGCAAUCCAGUGGUCCUUAGGAGUAAAUCUACAUCAAGAAUCCCUUACUCCUCUACUGCUUUUAAAGGGAGGCAUCACCUUCAUGUACUUGGAAUUCUUCACAUACAUGUUAUUGUUAACCAGAGUGAGAUAAAGUGAAAUUUACCCUUCCAUCUUGAUGUUAAUUUCAUUGUAACAAACAUAUGUAUACAUGCUUGGAUGCUGGCAUCAUAUAGUUUUUGAGCACUCUGGAAUCUUGAGGAAAUUUGUCACCUUGUAUUGAAAAAGUUGCGAGGUCAAAGGUUAAUAGAGCUUAUUCAGUUGGAUACAUGGAAACCUGAGUAGUUCGCUCCGAUUGAUGCGUUAUCUUCAGAAGGGGGCGUGACCCGAUCAGAGUUGUACAUUUGUGAAAAUUUGGAGCGAAACGGAGUCGAGCGAAACCAAAUCAGUGACGCUUUUAUUCCAGUUGGAAAUCUGAGAUGAAGACACUUGCCCAAUCGCCGUACAUCAUUCCAUCGCAACAGCCAACAGCCGUUUGGGUUUAUUCGACAUACCCCACCAUGAGAGGCAUGCCCGGGCCCCACAGUUCAGGUAGUGGGGGGUCAGCGGGGUCGUCCACCCCGUCCUCCCAGCUACCCUCGCCACAUUCCCCUUCAUCACAGAGCAGCAAUAGCGGGAGCGAGCAGCUCAGUAAGACCAAUCUAUACAUACGCGGCCUUCCUGCCAACACCACAGACCAGGAUCUGGUCAACUUAUGUAAACAAUAUGGAAACAUUGUAUCCACUAAGGCAAUACUUGAUAAAGAAACUAAGCAAUGUAAAGGUUAUGGUUUUGUUGAUUUUGAUAAUGCCCUCUCAGCCCAAAAAGCCGUCAAGGACUUACAAGAAAAGAAUAUCCUGGCACAAAUGGCAAAGCAACAAGAGCAAGACCCAACUAAUUUGUAUAUAUCUAAUCUGCCUCAUAAUAUCGACGAGAAAGCAUUAGAAGGAAUGCUCGCACCCAUCGGUCACGUAAUCAGUACUAGGAUAUUGAGAGAUACCACGAUGCACGAAAGUCGGGGCGUCGGCUUUGCAAGGAUGGAAUCAAAAGAAAAAUGUGAAGAAGUUAUUCGGCGAUUUAACGGGGUCACAUUAGAUCCCAGUCAACAGGAACCUCUACUAUGCAAAUUCGCAGACGGCGGCGUCAAAAAGCGAAACCAGAUAAAUAAGCAGGGCCGCGGGCCACAGUCAGCCACGAACUGGAUGGGGCGGCCGACAGAAGCCGGCGCACUCACGUACGAGAGUUUAUACGCUCGCAAUGGGGUACCGGUCAUGCCUCACCAGUUGAGUGCGGCAGCGUACAACCUAGGGGGCGCUGUCACGUAUGCAAGUCUACCGGCUGCGAGUACACCUCAGUGGAUACAACCAACAUCACCUUACAUUGUACAGCCUCAGAUUACACCUGCCACGCAGUCCACAGUAUAUGGAGGUUCAGCAGGUUUAGAACCCAGCAUGGCUGGCAUGGCCAGUGGUCAUCCUAUGGUCCCUACCGGCCUCUCAACACAACUCGGUCAAUUACAACUAGCAUCUUCACAGUAUGUCCAAGCAAAUCCAUACGCACACCUAGGACACGCCUACCAAACUCAACUAUUACAUCCGGUAACAGUCGAUGACCAAGUAGAUGAACAGCAAACAAUGAGCGCCGCCCAGCAGUAUUACGCGUCAGCCGGAGCCAAGUGAGAGAGUGUUUAAACAACCCAUUCAGCCUCAACACUGUCAUUGUGAUUGAUAGAUUGUCUUCUAGUGACUCUUUAUUGUGUGGCAAACCAACAGGAUUUACCUUGUAGGGGAGAAACAGAACAUGGCAAACAGCCCAGCAAAUCCUAAACCUCAUCUAGCACCUCUCAUCGCCAUGGAAACGUGUGAUUCCCAGCAUCUUCCCUGAAAUUAAGGAUAAAUGCCACCACGUAUUAUAAAAUGGAAAUGACAAAGUUUGCUCAAGGAGUGUAUUUUUCUACAACUGUAUUGAUUCCUGUUUUUUUAAAGUCUACUCCUACCUAACGGCACUGAGAUUGCAUUGUGGGAGUCCGAGUAAAAGAAAAGCUCCAGUCGACAACGGGAUGCAUUCUCCAUUUUGCGACUCGAGAAGAUAACAGGAUGCAAGAGCAGGCAGGGAGUAUAAAUGCGCUUUCAAAAUUUAGCAUUGAUUUUAAGAUUGAGUACUGUUGGAGUGAAUGUACCAAUAAUUUUCAACGCAAUUUUGAAAAUGUCUGAACAUUUUAAGCUGCUGUGAAUAGUGCAUGGGUAGAUUUUUAUUCAAAUUUGAAUUCAGCCUUCAAACUCUUCUCUUACCCAUACCUUUUAGACUCUAAAAAGCCUCCUGUAGUAGAUCCCGUUGACUCUUUUAAACAUGCUAUCAGCAGUUUUUAGAAAUUCUGAUGUUCAAUCAUCUUUUAAUACUGAAAGAAUACAAUUUUUAUCGUUUUAAUAGUAAUGUUUGAUCAAAUGUAUCAGAUUGCUGUUGGAAUCUGUAGAAUUUGUUUACACCGUAACAGAAACAAUCGUAGUCGAGUACGAGUGUAGGUAAUAAACUAUUACCUACAAUCUGUGAAUUAUAAAGCUGAGGUCUGUAUUCAAGAUUAUAUACUUCCUCAGACUAUAAAAAGGUAUAAAAGAAAUGCUUUUUGAAUUUCAUUCUACCCUAUCUCUUACAAUAUUCUGUGAAGUCUUGAUAUACAUUGGCUGUAAGAAUAUGCGGUUUCAUUUUUAAAAGGUAGAAAAUGACCCGUUUUUAAUUAAUCAUGCGCGAGAGAAUAAUUGCUAGAGGUUCAAGGAUUUUUUUGUCAUUUUAUCAUUUUAUCUCCCAAUAAUGAAUCUUUUAUGUUAGGGUGCUAGAGUUUGUGUACGAGGAAUUUCUUGUGUUGAAACCAUAUACCCCAAUUCAUUGUCUACCUAUGUUUUUUAUUACCUGUUUUGGGGAAUUUAUUCUGAGAGGCAAUAAAUAUAAUAACUAUGGAUCUCUGAUAAAUGUCAAUGAAUUUAAAGUAUGGAAAAUAUGAGAAAAUGAAAUGAAUAUUGAGGUUUAUCUGAAUGUAUUUAUAAAAAAAAUGAAUUUUGAAUAUCUCAUCUUGGUGAAAAGAUGAGGUCAAAUUGAGUUGACUGAUUAUUACAAGGAAUUGCAAAUUGAAUAUUUGCGUAUAUUUGAGGUGAGAUGUUCUUUGCCGUCGUGACGCGAGAAGACGGCAAUUUUGCAUUGUAGAUAAUGCAUACCAAAAAAUACCUCUUAUGCGAAGAAGGGAGUAUGCUCAAACUAGAUGUGUAACAGAGUUUUUAUUUGAGCAGACGUUAUACUAGCUAUUGUCGAAAUCUUCAAGCUGCCGAAAUUUAUGUGAAAUGUUGUAGCCUAUGUAAGUUACAUUGUGUAGUUUCCAGUAGGUAUGUAGAUAAGAUCGAUUGCAUUUUGGAUGAUGAUAAUUUGUACAUGUGAAGUUCAAGUAUGUUUCUAUUUUGGCAUUCUGUUUCCUCAUAGAUUCGGUAAGAUUUUUUUGUUAUUGUUGUAUAUAUGGUAGAUGUGUCGCGAUGAUGGGGGAAUCCCGGUAAUCUAUUUUGUAAAUGUGUUCCUAUACGUGGAAGAAAUGUUUAAUUGAGGUGUUGGAUGGAGGUUGUGAUCAGAGGAAGAGUGCGAUACUCGAUAUUGGAGUCGAUGAGGAGUCGAUGAAUUGACUAUAAUGAAUUAUUGAAGUGAUUUAAAUGAAAGACUAGAUAAUGUGAGCAUAUGACAUGGUCUAUUAUGUGUUCAGUGCAUUGCAGCUUAUUAUACGAAUGAAUGCUUGGGGGAAAAUACCCGCAGUGAUUGGGAAUAAUUGCACAGGAGGCGAAUGAAUCAUAUUUGCUGCAUUGUAUAGUAGCAAUAAAGUAGGAAGUAAAUUGGCAAUAUGGCUGCCAAUUUGAAGAGAGCUGCAGUGAUUUGGUAAGGGUAUGAUUUGACGGGUAGCUCAGGGACUUUACGAAAAGCGUAGGAGGAAAGGAGGCAUUAUGCACCGUGUAAACUUUGAGAUGUUUUCGCGAUAAAAAAUGAGGAAAUGAAUGAUAGAUUGGCGAUGACUAUUAAUGAUUGUGUAUGUAUGUUGAUGUCAGAUUUUUGUUGUACUUUCUGCGAGAUGUAAGAUCUAAUUCGUUCCACAGACAUUUUUUUAUGUUGACUCUUUCCGUUUCUCUUUUUGUCCUUAUUGUUUUCUUCCGUUUGAUUUAAAAGCACUCAUGAAUUCCAGCACUGAUUAUGUUCCUUUAAUGUUUGUGUCAUGUUUUUUUUUUUCUUUAAUUUUGUUACUUGAAGAAAAGGAAAGGAUAGAUAGCACUCGUGUCUUUUCAAAGUUUAACAGAAUUCAAUUUUAAUCUUCAGGCUAUGCCAGUUUCUAUGUGCCUUCCAAAAUAAAGUUCUAUUUAUUGAUUAGCAUAAGGAAAAAAAUGAAGAGAAUUGUUUAGUAAUCACAACUCAUUACAUAUUUUGAAUCGUGUUUAGAAAACCUAUGCAGAGAAAGCAUUCUGUACAUCAAAGAAUGAGUCAUGUUUUAUUGUCAUAAUGCCUUGUGAUAUCCUUUUAGCUUUGCAUGCUUAUUAAGAAAUAAAAUGGGAUUUGCAAAUAAAUAUACUAAUAUACUCUGUUUCACCCCUGAAUUUCUUGAUGAUAAAAUAUUGCAAAAAUAAACCUCUGAUUCCUCUUUACUUUGGUUUAUACGAUAUGUAAUACUACGAAUAAUUAUAAUCUUGCAUGGAAUGAUGCUCGCUAGAAAAUUCAAUUAUGAAUACAUUUGUUUUUCAUAGUUAAUAAUUACUGCUCUGAAGGCUAAGAGACUUCUGCAAGUCACCCCCCCCCCCCCUUUGCAGACCCCCACCCUUCUCCCCUUUCAUGAAUUAUCAAAGAACUCAUGCUUUAUGCUAAAUUUGAAUAUUUCUGACAAUUCUGCAAAUAUGACGGCUCUUUGCCAUUAUGCCAUUAUCUCGACAUUUAAAAGGAUAGUUCUUUAUUUCAUUCCCCAUUGAUGAAAUAGGAUGUCAAUUUCCACACCCUAGACCCUUUGUGAUUCUUUCUUUUUUUUAAAUAUAUCUUCAUACUUUAGUCAUGUCUGUCGGGGAAAGAAAGUAGUUCGUUUUAUUUGUGAUGGUUGUCUGUUAUCGUACGUGAUUGUUAUUUUCACUGAAGCUGACAAAAUAAAAAGAAUUGUGUGUGAGAGCUCUUAUACCUACAUUUUUAUUAACACGUGGAGACUCUACUGAUUAUUAGAAGAAAUACUUUCAGACAUGUUCCCUCUUAGUUUGUCUCUUUUCGUAUACCAUAGAGUCAGAUAUUUUUAAGAUAGGAAGCUAUCGUUGAUUACGUGGUAUUUGAACGUAGCAUUUUGGUACAAAAAUCAUCCCACCUAAUGACUUUGGGGAAUUAUGAUGAAAAUGUGUGACUUGUUGAUUAAGUAUAUGUUUAUUUCUUUUAAGAGCUGCUCACCAGCAGUAUGUAUUUACUUUGUUUUUUUUUUCUUGUAAAUGGAGAUGUGAUAUAUGAUUUGUGUUGAUUUUUUUUCCUGUCUUCCUUAAAAUUGUUUUUGGGUAGUUCAUGAAUGCACAUGAAGAAACUGUAUUCUGUAUUAUUUUCUUUUGUUACGUGUCGUGCCUGUGUGGUUUUCUAUUGUCAUUUUUUUUUUUACUGGUUAUACUUUUGCAAACAGAUUAUGCAUCAUCGCUGCUGUUGUAAAGGUUUAAUCUCAUUGUUGUGUUAGGGAAUGAUUCUUCAUUAAGAUUAAUGAAAUGUUUUGUUUUUCGUACGAAAAUCACACUGAUUCCAUGGACCAUGUUGUAUAUAUGACGGUGAAUGAAGUUUUCCACGUGAUCAAGUUCCGAUUCGAUUUUAGCUCAGAUUUUACGCUUAAACGGCUUUGUUUUUUUUCUCAAUAUGGAGAAAAUUUAAAAUAAUUUUUUAUUUUGUCUGUGUACAGAUAAUUUUGAAUUUGAAAUUUGUUUCUUUUUUGUUCUUUCUCUUAAUUCUUUUCAUGUGUUAUAGGUUUACUACCAGAAGGGCGAAAUUCUGAUCAUGUAGAUUAUGAAAGAAAAUGUGAUUGAUUUUCUAACAUGAGUUUUAUGUUAAGUGCUGCUGUAAAUAUCUAGCCUAGGCAUUAAGAGUAUUUUGUUUUUGUAGUUAUUUAGAAGAUUUGAUUGUCAUUUUAUUUCUGUGUCCUCUGUCCAGAUGUUCCUUUUCAUGCUUUUUUCUAAGAAAAUAUUGUAAAAUUUAUGGAUUUUUGUGGAGGACUAGUCAAAAUCCAUUUUAGUGUUAUUAUAGAUAAUGAGAUACUAAUAGGUAGGCAUAAAAUUUUAGACUCGAUUGUGAGAAAAAAUAGAUUUUAAUGAAUUUUAUGAUGAAAUGGUGUUGAGAAAACAUGCCUUUUAAGGGAUGAUGUCUGUAAAUUAAGAUUUUUUUAUUGAGUAGCAGAUUAGAUGUUUAGUUUAGUGAGAAUCCAAAAUGUGUGAUUUUUACUUCGUUUUAAAAGCAACAAAAAAGAAAUGAUGAAAAUAUUGAGAAAUUAUGAGAGAGAUUGGAGUUCAAAUUGUACAGAAGAUAUGGAGGGGUAUAGUAUUUGAGGUACGAUUGUGUUUUCUUUCUUUUUUUACCAGGAAUGUUUCUUGUGCUUGCUUUUGCUAUAAGAUUUUAGAUUUUGAUGUCAAUGAUGCGAUCUUCCCUUGACAGAUAUAUUAAGUCUCAUGAUUGAAAAGAAAAUAUUUGGUAACAUAAUGAUGUACUUCCCAUCACCUAAUUGGGAACAAGCGUUAUUUUCCAAUAAAAUAUAUAGGAAACAGUAAAAUUGUAGGCACGUCUGUGUGAAAAACAAUCUUUUUCUCCCAUGGUUUAAGUUAUGAACAAGGAUAUCUGUAAAUUAUGAACAUUUAAUGAAAAACGAAUUCUUGAAAUCAACAUUGGUCGAUUAAUUUCAUGUAAAUGGAGAAAUCUUAGAAAUGCUGUUUAAAUAAUUUCAGAAAAUAUUGAAAUGGUAUUCAAUGCGUAUAAAUUUGUAUUGCUUCAACACUAUGUUUGCAUACCUAGAACUCUGACUACUAUUGAAUAGAAUGUCAAUCUUUUGGAAUGCUACAAAGCGUUUUUCUACAGAGUGAAAAAAAAAAUGAUACGGGUUUAUGAAGCACUUUUUACGCAUCCUGUUCGUAUGCGUCGGGCGAGAAAAUCUUUAUUAAAAAUGAAAGGAGACUGGAUGCGAGGCUGACUCUUCUCCGAGGGUGCUCUGACCAAAUGGAUUCUUCCUAACCUCUUUUCAGGCCCAUGUCUCGUAAAUAAAUGCAUUGCUUGAAAGCUAGUGCUUCAGAAGGGUUAAGGUAGAAUAUCGGUUUUAAAAAAAAGAGUUAAGUAUUAGAUUUAUGUUGUAGAUUCGUUUUUGUAAUUGUUGGUGAUGAUGGGGAAGGUUUUCUUUUUUCUUACGUUUGCUUUUUUCAAGACUUUCUUCUGUGAAUAAAAAAAAGUAUUAAAAAAUGAAGAAAAAAAGUAGAGAAAUUAAUAAGUAAAAGAGAGAAGCUCGUAGGGUGAGAUAGGCCAUGGUUAAAUGGAGAUUUGUGUGACCAUGGUCAAAGUCUGAAUUAAAAAUGGAAUCACUAAGAAUGGA